CCUCCCGCUAUUAUAUCUUCUCUGCAGCACAAUGGUUCAACCCUGGCUGUAAGGCGUCUCCCUCCACACACUCCCUCCCUUCAGCCCCUCUCCAAUGAUGGAGACCCGGCAACAGAGGGAGGGGGGCGAAACAUGUUAAUGCAGGGCUACCUCGCACACAGGCACACUUGCAGCAUCAGGCAACUUUACUCUGCUCUGUUCUGAAAAGAGCCCUGGUUGCUUUGUGCUUGUGUCUGCUUCUCUGGCAGAAACCAGUGCGGAGGGUGUGAAUGUAGGAGGCAGCUGUUGGGCAGCCAGGUACAUCCAGAGGACAAGCUUGGCACUGAGCAAACACAGCAGUAGUGACUCCCCAGCGGAUGUUUACAAGCACUGCCUUGCACCCAAGCACCCUUCUCUGCACUAAGCAACUGGGAAGCUCCACAGUCAGGCAUGGACAGGUUCCUUGGCUUUGUCCGGCAGAUCAGGAGAUCCCGGAGGAGAAAAGGUAAAAAGUAUCGACCUGAGGAGGAUUACCACGAGGGCUAUGAAGAUGUCUACUAUUACGCCUCAGAGCAUUUCCGAAAUGAGGGUCCCUACACAAAAUCUUCGACUCCAAGCAAAGCUCCAGAUGGAGCGUUGGCCGUCAGGAGGCAGAGCAUUACAGAAGAGUUCAAGGGCUCAACAGUAGUUGAAUUAAUGAAGAAAGAAGGCACCACUCUAGGGCUCACAGUGUCAGGUGGAAUUGACAAGGAUGGAAAGCCAAGAGUAUCUAAUCUACGUCAAGGAGGAAUCGCUGCUAGAAGUGACCAACUGAAUGUAGGAGACUAUAUCAAAGCUGUGAAUGGCAUCAACCUCACAAAAUUCCGUCAUGAUGAGAUUAUUAGCCUGCUAAAGAAUGUUGGGGAAAGAGUGGUUCUUGAAGUGGAGUAUGAACUGCCUCCAGUUGCUAUUCAAGGAUCAGGGGUGAUCUUUAAAACUGUGGAAGUGACGCUUCAUAAAGAGGGAAACACAUUUGGAUUCGUAAUUAGAGGAGGAGCACAUGAGGACCGAAAUAAAUCUCGACCCAUUGUAAUAACUUGCAUUAGACCCGGAGGACCAGCUGACAGAGAGGGCACAAUCAAGCCAGGGGACAGGCUGCUAAGCAUUGAUGGGAUUCGGCUGCAUGGAACCACUCACACAGAAGCCAUGAGUAUACUAAAGCAGUGCGGACAGGAGGCAACACUGCUGAUAGAAUAUGAUGUCUCUGUAAUGGAUACUGUGUCCACCGCCUCAGGGCCGCUGUUAGUUGAAGUUGCCAAAACUCCUGGUUCUAACCUUGGUGUAGCACUAACUACCUCCAUGUACUACAACAAACAGGUCAUUGUUAUAGACAAGAUUAAAUCUGCAAGUAUUGCUGACAGGUGUGGUGCUUUACACAUUGGGGAUCACAUUUUGUCAGUGGAUGGUACAAGUAUGGAAUAUUGCACAUUAGCAGAAUCCACCCAACUCUUAGCUAGUACCACUGAACAUGUAAAACUAGAGAUCCUUCCAUACCACCAAACUCGUUUGGCGUUGAAGGGCCCAGAUCACGUAAAGGUUCAAAGGAGCAACGACAGGCAACCUCCCAGGAACUCCUCUGCCAACAGCCACAGUCGCCUGCCCACCUGCCAACAUUAUAACACCUACCACCACCCUGAUCAUUGCAGGACGCCAGCCAUGAAAUGCCAGAAAGCACCUCCUCAAAAACUGCUUCCAGCAUUGGUUUCUUCAUCCUUCUCUCCUACCUCCAUGAGUGCGUACAGCUUGAGUUCUCUCAAUACGGGGACUUUACCUCGUAGCCUGUAUCCAACCAGCCCUCGUGGGACACUAAUGAGGCGAAGAAUGAAAAAGAAAGACUUCAAAAGUUCCUUGUCUUUGGCAUCCAGUACUGUUGGUUUGGCAGGUCAAAUUGUACACACAGAGAGCACAGAGGUUGUACUGACUGCAGACCCAGUUGUUGGGUUUGGGAUACAGCUCCAGGGCAGUGUGUUUGCCACUGAGACAUUGUCUUCUCCACCACUUAUCUCCUAUAUUGAUGUUGACAGCCCAGCUGAAAGGUGUGGAGUCCUCCAAGUAGGAGACAGGGUGAUUGCAAUAAAUGGUGUGCAGACAGAGGACAGCACAUUUGAAGAGGCCAAUCAGCUUUUAAGAGAUUCAACAAUUGCAGGCAAAGUUACACUGGAAGUAGAGUUUGAUGUUGCAGAGUCUGUGAUACCCAGCAGUGGGACAUUCCAUGUGAAACUACCAAAGAAGCACAACGUGGAACUUGGCAUCACAAUAAGUUCUCCUUCCACUCGGAAGAACGGUGACCCUUUGGUUAUUUCUGAUAUUAAGAAAGGGAGCGUUGCACACCGCACUGGAACCCUAGAGCUUGGAGACAAGCUGCUCGCCAUAGACAACAUCCGCCUAGACAACUGCCCCAUGGAAGAUGCUGUUCAAAUAUUACAGCAGUGCGAGGAACUUGUAAAGCUGAAAAUUCGUAAAGAUGAAGAUAAUUCCGAUGAACAGGAGACUAGCGGAUCUAUUAUUUAUACGGUUGAACUAAAGCGAUAUGGAGGGCCUCUGGGCAUUACCAUUUCUGGUACUGAAGAACCUUUUGAUCCAAUUAUCAUCUCAAGUCUUACUAAAGGCGGAUUGGCUGAGAGGACGGGGGCAAUCCACAUUGGAGACAGAAUCCUUGCCAUUAACAGCAACAGUUUAAAAGGGAAGCCCUUAAGUGAAGCCAUCCAUUUAUUACAGAUGGCAGGGGAGACAGUCACUUUAAAAAUAAAAAAACAAACGGAUGCAACAAGUCCCAAGUUGUUAUCUGGCAGGAUCAGUGAGCUGUGUGAUGCAGAGGAUGAGACUCCUGUCACGCAGAAGUCAAGCAAUCUCUCUGACAUUUACUCUACCACCGUUCCUAGUGUGGAUAGCGCUGUCGAAUCCUGGGAUGGUUCUGCUGCUGACACUGCCUACGGAAGUCAAGGCCCCAACUUCCAAGCAUCUGGAUUUAGCUUUAAUGCCUAUGAAUGGAGAAACCCCAAGCAAAAGGGCAGCUUAUCACCUCUUGGUAGGCCCAGAAAUAAUCACUUCCAUGACACAGGGCUUAGUGAUGAUGAGUGGGAUAGGCCUACAACUAGUGCUUACGCCGGAGGCCCUCAGGAACCAGAUGGGGAGCAAGAGGAAAACUUCUGGUCUCAAGCCCUGGAAGACUUAGAAACUUGUGGACAAUCUGGGAUUCUCAGAGAACUUGAGGAGAAGGCUGGCAGUCAGGUAAUUUCCAGGAACACGUAUACUUUGGCAACAAUCAUGUCAGGAAGCACCCUGAGCCUGAAUCAUGACAACUCCCAGCCUCGCAGCCAUCUAGGGAGACAAGGAAGCUUCCAAGAAAAAAGCUCUGGCAGGCCGCAUUACAGCCCAACCAUCCGCAGCAACACACUACCAUCUGACGUGGGAAGGAAAUCUGUUUCCAUGAGAAAAAUGAAACAAGAAAUAAAAGACAUAAUGUCACCAACUCCUGUGGAGUUACACAAGGUCGCUUUAUUUAAAGAUUCUGAUAGGGAAGACUUUGGUUUUAGUGUUGCUGAUGGCUUACUGGAGAAAGGAGUCUAUGUGAAAAAUAUACGUCCUAAUGGGCCUGGGGAUAUUGCAGGGCUAAAGCCAUACGAUCGUCUCUUGCAGGUGAAUCAUAUCCGUACCAGAGACUUUGAUUGCUGCCUAGUCAUCCCGCUAAUAGCAGAAUCUGGCAACAAACUUGACCUGGUUAUUAGCAGAAACCCAGUCGCUUCUCAGAAGGAUCCUUCAGAUGUACAGAAUUCGUCAGUGCAAGAAUGGACUGACCACAACACAUUCUCCCAAUCUACAAGUAGUCGCCUUGCAUCGAUGGACAUGAGAGACUCAAUAAAUACUUUAUAGAAAAAGAAAAAUCUAGCUAUUGACUUAACAAAAAACUGGUGCUAAUACCCUGCUAUCUGAACUGUGGCAUUUAAGUCAUAGAUGGCACUAUGUGGCUAUACUGUUUAAAAAACCUGUUUUUAUGUUUAAUACUAAUGUGUGACCACUAAAUUUUAGUGCCAUUCCAAGCUUACUCUUGAGCAUAUAUGGGGCUUCUGUGAUGUGCAAUGAAACUACUGGAAACAAAGUGGCUUAUUUUCCGCGCCUUGUCUACAGACAAUAUAUAUAUGGUUUAAAGCUGCUGAGAAUUUUAGCAGAAUUUUUACUAUUUUUAACAUAUUCUGUUCACUGACCUUAUACUGGAAAGCAUAUUUACUACAGACAGUGCUAAGAUGGAUACAAGAUAAUUUCAUCUUGCAUAAAGACAGACGUUCCCUGUACUGUGAGGCACCUUUUGCUGAUAUAUUCAGUAAUACAUCCAUUAGUGUGUAUUCAUGUUAUUGACUUGUAUGAAAUGUAUAGUGAAAAGGGCAGAAAGAACAAAGGUUGCACUUAGACAGUGGGUGUAAGGGAUUUUGCUGUGGUAUAAUCUGUGGUUGGAUAUCCAAUCCAAGCUCUGGCGUUUGUACAGUAUACAUAAGGGCAUUGGCAUCAAAACAUCUGAGCCAUGUAUAAAUGUUAUUUUCCAAGUGUCCAAGAGCUUUGCCCUGUGUUUAUCCCUCAAAGCAAUAAAAAGAUACCUAUUUUGUUUGGAUAAUCACCAGCAGCUUUGUUUCUGACAAUUAGAACUGUCUUCUGCUGAGUAGGAGCGGAUCCAUCAAGAGAGCAGCAGACUGGCCUCCGAGUAUCCAUAGCUUGUGUCUGUGUAGCUUCUGCCUACAGUCUUGUUGCUUUUCUUAAAUGGCGAUACCCCAAAAUCUUACACAAACAUACUCUUCUAAAUUACUGCCAGGCAAAGUCUAUAAAAUUUCAAAUGUAUAUGGAAGAGGGAAAACAUUUAUCAUGAUUCAUUUAAAUAUGUAUUUUUGUUUGUAAACAAGAAAAAGUAUUAAACAGCAAAGUAUUUUUAUACAAAUUUAAUACUUUAAUAGCAUGACAUUUAUUGUCUGUGUUUUUUGGGAACAUGUUGGAAUAUUUGUAUGGAACAAUCGUACUGUAAAAAAAACUGGAAUAAACCAUAAUUUAAAGAACAAGGGUGCGGAUAUGCUCACAACGCAGGCGUCUCUGAGAACACAAUAGAUAGAUCAUGAUGUAUGGAAUCAACAACAUUAAAUGGUCAUUCAGUGCCCAUGCGUCGGCCAAAGAAUGUCUAAAUUAUAUUGAAAACUUCAAUGGGCGACAGUUGGGCAGUUUAAUUGCACAUAAGAGAUUUUUGGGGUCUGUUGCUAAUCAAAUUUCACUUGGCCAAACUAACAUGAUGUUGAAAAUCUGCAGCGAUAGGUUGUGUAAUCUACAUAUUACUAAAAUGCUUAUAAAACAGUUAAA